CAAACACCGCGUGCUGCUGUCUCUCUUCCUCCUCUCUGCGCGCGCUCGACUCUCCCCGCCCUUCACCCUCUGUCGUCUUUCUCGCUCUCUCACUCACCCACGCGCUCUGUCGUGCGAUUGUGUGUGCGUGUGCGCGUGUGCGCGUGUGUGAGAGACCUGCUGCCUCUCUUCGCUCCCUUUCCCAGCGGGCCCAAAUCGUCGUCGUCCUCCUCCUCCUCCGCCCACAGACUCUUCCACCUUCGGUCUCUACGGCCUCACGCCCUCCAAUCUCCACCCCCACCCCCACCGCCAGCUCUCCUGUCUGCGUUUCUUUUGCAGUCCAUUUGCCUCGUCGCCGGCCCUCGCACCACGUCCUCAGCACUGCCCAUCCUGGUCCCACGUCCAGUCGCUCGCAAGGAUAGCCUUUCCAGCCCAGUCCUCGGCGAUCCUGCUCUCGCGUCCAAUACCACCGAACUCCAAAUCACGCAGCCUGCGUCCGCGCGCAGAUAACGAUAUACCGCUUGUUUCUCGGCCUUCCUUCUGCGUCACCGACUCUUCCAGCACAACGUAUCAGCCCUCCUCCAGCCCGUGUCGUCUGCCCUGCCAUGGGCUUCGCUCCUCAACCACCGCCGUCGUCCUCCUUCCUCCCUCCUCUGUCCUCGGCCUGUUGAGCGGCAUCUGAUGGCCACAACGGACUCGACAGUGCAGCAAUGCUAGGCCAACUGCUGCACUCUUUCAACCCUGCGCGCCGCGUCGCGCCGCGCACCCUCGAGGUCAGCUCGCAGAUUGAGGACGUACAUACAAAGGGCCUUCUGUUCCCUGACGUGCCGUAUCUGCGCGAUGCCGACGCCUUGACGCCCUCCACGCCCGCGUCCGAGCCGCCGGACUGCCACCUGCCCUCGGACCUGGACCUCGACGACAAGCGUGACGUCCGUGUUCUCAUAGCCCAAGGUGAAACCUUGACGCUGCAGCCCCUGCUGCUCUUCGAUUCGAAGUACGACCCGAACGUGCAACCACCGACCAUCAGGCAUAUCCGGUCCGGCAGCAGGGGCGAAGGCCUCGCCAACCACGCUCGCACCGCGUCCGGCCCUCCACGUCAGUACGGAAGAUUGCCUCAGAUCGCUUCCAUCCCGGAAACCAGCGGCCGAGAGUCUCCCAGCCUACCGAGCCCCACGUCCGCCACCGCCACGCCGCAACGCUCGCGCUUUCGACGCUCGUCGCUGCCCUCCGCCGGCGAAUCGGACGUAUCCGGCCCCUCGACGCGCCACAGAGACACGGACGAGAUCGUAAACACGGCCCUGAACUGCAUGUUCGAAAAUGUCCAGACGACAUAUCGCGGCAUCAGCAACAAGAUCAAGAUCGUCCAGCGGGAAGCCAAGCCGUACGACUCGACCAUCUGCAGGGACACGUUUGGCAACCAGUUUGCGGCGUCGCACGCGAGAACGUCGAGUUCGUCGGUGCGAAAGCCAAGCGGCUUGUCCUCGUCCUUCACCGUCGGAGACGCGUACCCUGACCCUCCCAAGUCAGCGUCUGCUCUCGACGAGGGCCCUCGCAUGGAGGAGCCUCGCAGGACGGUCCUGAUCACGCGCACUUUUUCUGUCAAAUGGUCGGACGAAGAGGCCGCAGCCGCCUCGAGUGAUCCGUCCGACGCGGAGAAGAGCGGCGGCGCCAGCGACGCGUCCAGCAGCCUGCCGGCCGUUGUUAUCGCCGGCGGAGAACACAGCCAGAGCCCGCAGAAACCCCGUCGCACGCCCAUCAGGCCUUCUCCAAAGCCGCCCAUGUUUGCCAUCACACUGGUCCUCUCGCUUCCCGUCUCGACGAUCGAUGGUUCACGACCAGGAUCACGCUCCGGAGGCCUACGGAGAAAGGGUUCGGAGAUGAACAGCGGCUGGACCUCGCUCGCGUCAUCCCUUGACUCGGGCAUGGUCAUGGACUCCCUCUCCGGCUUGGAGUCUUCGACCGCGUCGCUCAGCAGCGACGUGGACGAGCGAGUAGAUAAGGUAAUUGGCCAGCACUGGGACAUCAUCGUUCGGACGCUGUCGAGCCUGCAGCAGCUUGCGGAGCAGAAGAUCCUUGAGCAGCUGAGGAUAGCCUCCCACCGAGGACGGGCUCCCAAGCUCCUGAACUACUCUCUUGCCUCUGAUGUCGACCUCAAGAAGGCUGCGACAAAGGCUUGCAUCAGGGUCGUACGCGGCAUCAGGAUCCUGCGAGUGCGAACUGGACAAGGCAAGUGGGGCGUCUGGCGGGAGGAAGCACGAUGGCUGAACAAGUGGGCGUCCGAGCGGGAGAAGACGAGCUUCUUGUUCAACCUCUGCACCGCUUUUCUGGGCACACACACGGAGUGGCUCGACAUUGCCGGUCCAAAAUACUACAGGCAGCAGCACCGCGAGCAGCUGCGCCUGGGCUCUGCGAGCGAGCCGUCGGUGCCUCACCGUACCGUCAUCGUCUCCAAUGACAAGAUGGUUGCGCGACGACUCAUCUUCUUGCUCUCCGCAUUCUUGCCAGCCAACCACCACACCCCUGGCGACGCUUCGCCGCUACGACCUAGUACGUCGGCAUCCGUCCGUGCGUUCUCACAGUCGCCACCGAUGCAUGUGCCUCUGUCUCGAGAGGAAUCGCUCCGCCGCACGAUCAACAGACGCGGCAAGCGCAGCGGCUCCCGCCAGCCAAUGUCUGGCGGUCGCACUCCGCAGCCUUCGAGUGCGCCAAGCGACACAGACGAUCGUACAGAGACUGGCACGGUCCGUUGCGUUGGGGACCAAACACAGUCGCCUCGGAACUCUAGCGAGCUGCGGUCAUUGAUACGAGCUAAGCUCACCAUUGUUGACGUCGAUCCGUCUGCACGCAAGAGCAGCGCCACGACGUCGCCAACCGUCAAUCCGGGCACGGUCAUACCUGCCCCGCACAUUGAAUUCCAGCGCAAGUAUUCCUCUGGUCAGCAGGAUAUGAGACGGCCAGACAGCCAAGACAGCCUAGCCUCGGAGAACUUGAUGCAGACGCUGCAACGCAGCAACACGGGCACAAGUGUCGAGUCGCAGCCUGGCAGCCGCUGGGGCAGCUUGCGGAGCUUUUGGAGCAUGGGCAGUCGACGGGACUCGUCUACGAACUACAGCGACGCUACCCAAACGGAUGACGAGGGUUUGGGCAUCGUCGGUCUCCACGCCUCAGAUUCUUACAAUAACAACAGCGGUGGCGCCGGCAAUAAGUUGCUACAGCAGAUGGUCGGUGAGGCGGAAGCGGAGCGCGCUCGCGUGCGGAGAAUCACCGGCACAAGCUCGCCCAACGCAAUACCCACCACCCCGGCUAUAGUCAGUCCAGAGAUGGAGCUACCGUCCAGCUCCUCGACGUCACAUCCCAUAGAUGUCCCCGUAAAGAUGACCGUCAACGAGCGGGAUGGCGUGAUCGACGUUGAGUUCCCUGGCUUCUCCCCGGUCAGGUCGCCUCCGGGGCCCCAGGCCCCAUUCAGUUCCAGCUACGGCAGCCUCGGAGUUCUUCAGUCGCUCAUGUCCGAUACGCCUCGCGAUACUGGACACGCCAUGAAUGUAGCUGGGUGGCUAAGGUCCGGAGUUCAUCCCGACUUCGAGCUUCAGGCGGCCUUGCCGUAUCCGGAGCUGAUCGACGACGUCAAAGCUGCCAUGAAGGCCGAGCCAACGCCAAUCACUCGCAGGACCGUGCCCGAAGGCGAGGUGAAAGAGGAGUGGGUUGACGUGUGCACGUCCAACGUGGCCGACGCAACCAACUUCACCAUCACCCGCAUUAAGCUGCGGAGACUCGUACGAUACUUGCCUCCACCGCCGCCACCGGUCGUCACACCCAUGUUGACCACUCGGUCCAGCAUCAAGUCCAAGUUGCCAAUCAGGUCGCAAUAUGGCAAUCCGUACGACGAAUCGCUGCUUCAAGUUCCGACUCAGAUCACUGUAGACGAGGUCUUUGAGGAAGAAAAGGUCGUGGAUUGCGACCGCGCCUUGACGGAUGCUUUGGAACGAGUGAUUGCUCAAAGUGGCCCUCCAUCCAAGACGUCAUCUGCUGCGAACUCGCGCGCCAACUCUGUUCGCGGUCGCAACAACGUUCCAGCCUACGAGGACCGCGUCGAAACGCCAGAGGUUCCUCAGAAUGAGUGCAAGAAGAUGGUCAUCGGAGCUCUGGAGCAAAUCGCGACAGCAGUGGAACGCGACAGGCGCGACGCGCGCAAAUACGGCGGCGCCAGACUUCGAAGUCUCAACGAGGGAGCGGAGAGCAGUCUACGGGAAGGAAUAUCGAAAUGGUUUGACGAGAUCGAGCGGAACAAGAAAGCGAUUGAUGCGCAAAAGGCAGAGAUGUCCCGCGAGGCUUUCGUACCAACUGCAAAGGUCAACGACGACGCGAGCAGUCAAUCUACAGUCAAGCCCAAACGAUCGAAGAGCAAGAAGGAGAGCACAUCCGCGAAGAUGUCUUCUUUGCCCCAGCAGCUCAUUCAACCUACAACAAAGGCCUAGGGUGGUUUUUUUUUUUUUUUA